AUGAGUUUAGACUGCGAGAUUGCGAGACAGCAGCUUAACCGUGACCCGCCGAAAAGCGUAACGGGGGUUGCCGAAAAGUCCCAGGGAAGUCGUCUUAGCACUGUUCAGCCCGACACCAAAGAGAGCGACCCUUUAUUAAUGUCCAAAUUACGCGACCCGUCUUGUUCCCUUAACAUCAUUCUCACGAAAAAUAAAUUGUUACGCACUGUAUCUGAAGAGCGGCUUGCGGAACUGUAUGAUGUCGCUAAAGAGCUUUUUGAGCUCAACUACCACAAGGUUCAAAACGAACACUACCUUGCAUUUCUGGGGGGAGCUUUCAGGGACCAGGACGAGUCAGAGACGGAUAUCGACAUAGUUCGAUGUUUCUACAUGAGCAUGUUCACAUGGAAUACAGACCUGUUGGGCUCUUUACGAGUCUUAUGCCGCAAACUAUUUUUCAAGGGUGAGUCACAAUUCAUUGACAAGAUUCUUGACUCUUUUGCUGAUAGUUGGUUUUACAGUGCGAGCAGCAGUAAACCAAAAAAGAUAUACGGAAACUCAAAUGGAGUGUACUUGACUACCUAUUCCUUGAUCCUGCUGAACACCGAUCUUCACACCGAGGAAAUUGCAAAACUGAAAAAGAUCAGCCGCUCCAAAUUUGUCAAAAAUACCUUUGAAGCAUUACAACAAAAUCAAGUUCCAAUUGAAGAACCUGAUGGGUUGCGCUAUGAGCUCAAGAAUUUCUACGACAGAAUCUCAGAGCGAAAGCUAAGCCUAUUCCAACUUUCAAAUUUACACUCCAGAACCGACUCCAUUGCCUCCUAUGAUACAGAAUUCACAACAUCUCAAAACAGAUCAUCACAGAGUGACCAGACUUCUGUCUAUAAUUCCGAUACAGACAAAAACAGUCCAGCAAGUCCGGAAGAUGCUACAAAGUCGUUCGGUUUUGCAAAAGUGAUAAUGAUGGAAGACAAUCUGAAAACUAAGACAAAUAACAACAGCAAGCUUUCAUUUAGCUCCAAUUCGCCGCAUUCUGAUGAGCCUCUUAACGAAGACCAAAGAUUGGAGUCUGGUCCGACAGGCAGUCCUAUUAUUGAAAAAGAAGGCGACCUACAAUUAGAGCUCGUAGGACCACCUUGGACUAAGGAAGGCAUCCAAAGUGUUGUUCUGCCAGAGAAAACUCUUAGCAGCUAUACUGGAAAGCUCUCUUUGCCGGCAUUCAAGCCUGAUUGGCAAAGCCUUUUUGUUGUCGUUUUCGAAGGUGAGCUGAGGUUCUUCAAAUUUGAUCAGUCUGGUUCCAACGCUGGAAACUUUGGUGACGGUCAAUGGUGGAAGUUUGCAACUUGUGUGGAUACAAUCAAUCUCUGCUCUUGCUUUGCCCAAGUUCUUGAUAGAAAGUCCCGUUUUUACCCUUCGAUGAUCAAACGGCACGGAAUUGCUCGCAAAAGAACCGGACUUGAAACUUACUGGGUUUUGAAUAUUCCUCUCCCAGAUAUAGUAACAAGUGCUGAUCACUGCCAUGGUUACUACAGUACUUACUUCUGCGCCGGAACCCCAGAGACUGCUCAGGAAUUUGUUGAUACAUGCAAUUUCUGGGCAGGCAGGUCGUCUGCUAUCCCUCCACUAGAGACUCUGUCGUCCUUAGACUUUGGUUGGUCAGAGAAGACAGUAACAGCUUUGAGUGCAUGCAAUGUGCGUGAAAGUGAGAAGUACCUCUCUAAGUUCAAGGUUGCAAGCUGGAUACCCAUCACUAAUGGUCUUGUGCCAACCAACCUUAAUAUGUCUGAACAACUUGCCAAAAUUAAGGGACACCACAAGGAGCUCCGCUUGGCUUUAGAACAACACAGAGAAAUGGAAAAACUGAUUCCGCAGCUAGAUUUGAUGACUUCAAGAAACGUCGGGGCCAGUAUAUUGUCUAAAGUUUUCCAUGGGUCAGAUAAGACAGAUAAGCAGUUGGUGGUGAGAAAUGUAAAUGUAAUGAGAGUCAAUUACACGAACAAGCUCAAUCACCUUGAUAACGAGCUUGCCAGACUCAAAUGUUAUGCUGAUAUUCUUGAGAAAGCAAUCACAUUACGAGGCAAGAAGUUUAACGACCAAAAUGUAUAA